UAAAACGAUAAACCAAAGAGAGAGAAAGAGAGAGGGAUUGUUGGGUUUCUUUUUGGAAGAAGAAAUGAAGGGUGGUGAUCCAUGGAGCAGGCUAAAAUGCGCCGGGGGUGUACAAGAUAAGACGAUAAUCAACCGGAUAAUGCUCAGAUUCCGGCCGAUUGCUCCCAAACCGGUGACCGGAUGCUCAGUUUCCGGCGACUAUAUGUUUAGUAACAAGAACUUGUUUGUUAGUAGCAAGAGAGCAAAGAAAAAAUACGUUAGGGUUUGUAAGAAAAAUAAUAGGAAAAGAACAAUCUUGGGUGAAGCUAAAGAAGAUAAGGAUGAGAAGAAGAGUUUCGUUACUCUACAGCUCAUGCCAGAGAAAGCUGAUCUAGAGAAAUCAAUGGUUAUUGAAAGGUCAUGGGGUGGUGUUGAUGAUGAUCCAGAUCGAACGGUAGGUAAUAACUAUCAUUUUCAUGAGGACCCACCAUCGCUGUGCUUGAUGUUGAAGAAAAUGGUAGCAGCAGAUAACGUGGCGAAAAUUGGGUUCUUGGAUCAGACGGCGUUGAUAACCUCCUCCAAGAGGAGGGUGACGGUGGUGGAGUCGUGUGUGACGGUAGAGAGCGUGACGGACACUUGCAUGGAUGAAGGAGAGAUGGGGAAAUGUACGGACGUCGAGAAAAUGAAGAAUCUUGAGAAGGACACGUGUCCUGGUUUUGUAUCAGAUAGGUUGAAUCGGGUUUUCUGGGUUAACCAAGCUUAUAAAAACAUGGUAGGCUUGGACGGCGGGCAACAGGCUGAAAUCGCCGUGGGGUUGCUAGUAAAAGACGGGUUCAUGCUUCCGAACGGUGGUGCAUUUUCAUGCCGUGUAGGGUUGCAGUACGGCGAUGGAAAGGGUAAGAAGUACUCGAAAGUGGUUCCAUGCGAUGUGUGGAAGAUGAGCUACGGUGGAUUUGCGUGGAGGCUCGAUGUUAAGGCUGCUCUCAGCUUGGGACUCUAACAAAAGGAAAAAUCAAAGAAAUGAUUAUUUCCAUGGUUUUGCAGUUGUAAGGUGAUGUACACGAGGGAAGAGGGCGAGUGGAAGAAAGUAAGACAUGAAAGUAUAGAAACCGAAUUUAAAGGUCGAAAGCUA